AGGUCACUGCUUCAUGUGAAUUUCGGGGAAUGACAAAAAGUGAGGCCGAAAGGGAACCACUAACGAGCGAAAUGGUUGAAAUGGACUCCACCCAUCCAAAUCCGAUCGCGAACCCCUCGAAACCCCAUGUGAGCAACGUGAAAUGGACCCCCUUCAUGACCGCCGCCUUCUUCUUCCUCGUCAUCAUGAACUGGCCGGGCGAGAUGCAGUUUGAGGGGAAGCCGAUCCCAGCUGCCAAACGUUGCCUUGCUAUCCUGGUGUCCGUCUCCACCCUGUGGGCUACAGAAGCAAUCCCCCUCUACGUGACGUCCUUGCUGAUCCCCGUCUUGACGGUUGGUAGCGGUGCCCUGCUGCCUCUUGCGGGCAAGUGCAAGCAGGGCGAUACAGAAUGUAUCGCUGCUCAGUACAGCCCUCUGAGCCCCAGUGCAGCUGCGAGGGAGAUUUGUGGGCAGUUCUUCGAUCCUACAGUUCUCUUGUUCAUGGCUGGAUUCUCGAUCGGGGCAGUGAUGGAGAAGCAGCGGCUCUCUAACAUGAUCGCCAGCAUCCUUCUCCGCCCUUUUGGAAACAAACCUGAGAAUGUCCUGCUGGGCAUCAUGUCUCUCGGCACGUUCCUCUCCAUGUGGAUCAGCAACGUUCCCUCGUCAGUCCUCUGUGUCAGUCUGGCUCAACCUAUCAUACAUCAGCUGCCCAACAGGGACCCUUACGCCAAGGCGCUGCUGAUCGGUAUUGCAAUCAGCAACAACAUCGGGGGAAUGACAACGCCCAUCGCUUCUCCUCAGAACGUCAUCGCGUUCAACUGGUGCAGCGUGACAGGAAACCCUGUCUCCUUCAUGGGCUGGUUGUGCCUCACCAUCCCUUACUGUGGUAUCCUCUUGCUGGCUGCAUGGUACAUCAUCCGCUUCCGGUAUCCUCCCCAGCUGAGGACCCUACAGAUCUCAGAGCUGACACGAGAGCAGCCGAGGAUGAACCCGUCACAGGUCCUGGCCUUGGGCGUCACCACCUGCACUGUCGUGGCGUGGGCAUUUUGGAAGCCUCUCGAUCUCGAGCCGAUCUUCGGCUCCAUGGGCUUGCUGGGGAUUAUUCCGAUCGCCAUCUUCUUCAGCUCGGGGCUUCUUGACAGGAACGACUUCCACAACGGCCUCAACUGGUCUGUCCUUGUGCUCAUCGGCGGAGGGUUGGCCCUUGGGCACGUGAUGGAACGCUCCUACCUCCUCCACAUCAUGUCGUCGACCAUCCAGGAGUCCCUCAGCGGAGCGAACCUCUGGACGUUCACAACGGCCUUCUCCUCGUUCAUGGCCAUCAUCGCCAACUUCGUUUCGUCGACGGUCGCCGCCAUCAUCAUCCUGCCCGUCGUUGCCAACGUGGGCAAGUCGAUCGGGCAGGCCAACGUCAUGAUCAUCGCCUCCGUCUUCAUGGAUUCCGCAGCGAUGGCGCUGCCCGUCUCUUCCUUCCCCAACACUAACUCGUUCGCUGUCCUCCGGAGAGGACCAGUUCCGACGAUCGAGGACGGCGAGGACGAGAACUCCAAGGAUGGCAGCAACAAGUCUGCAGGCAAUGGCUCUGUGCUGGAGGUGCAGGAUUACGUCAUCACCGGAGGGCUGGUGACCCUCGUCGCUCAGCUCGAGGUCUCCACCAUCGGCUUCCUCCUCCUCCGCGGCAUCGUCGGCAGGUGAUGGAGGCACCGAGACGUCCGCCCGCCCCGGCCUUGUUUUUGUUGUCUCGAUUAUUCAUUUUUGAGAAUACUUUACACGCCCUAGCUCGCC